AUGGCCGACCAAGAGCCCCAGGACCGAGAGAAGCGGCUCAGGGACUUUUGCGAAAUGUGCUCGGCUAGCGAAGAGAUGGCCCUGCAGUAUCUCGAGGCCCACGAUUGGGACCUGGUGGCCGCAUGCAACAGCUACUUCGCAGAUGAGGACGAUACCGCCGACGGCACGCUUCCCAGCCUCAACCCAGACGAGCCCUACACUGGCCCCCGCACCCUCGACGGCCGGCCAGCUCCCCAGGUCUACCGCCGGAACCGCGCUCCGGCAUCGCAGCCGAAGAAGAAGGGUGUUGCCACCCUGGGCUCCCUCGGGGCAGGCUCGCACCAGCACGGUGACGGCGAUGAUGACGAGGACGACGACUUUGAUGGCGACGGAGCUGAUGACGGUCGUGGCAACCUGUUUGCUGGAGGAGAAAAGUCGGGCCUCGCUGUGCAGGAUCCGCAAAAGGAGGGCGGAUCAAAAGGCAUAAUCAACGACAUCCUGGCCAAGGCCCGAGCUAGCAACGCCUCUCGGCCAGACACUGCAUCGGACGCCGGCCCAUCCCGUUUGUCCCGCUUCCGUGGCACUGGCAUGACACUGGGUGGGGAGGGAGUAGAAAGCCGCGCCAUCCCCGAUCCUCUGGGCCUAGCCCGGCCCGCCAGCUCGCAGCCUCAAGAGCGCGUGUUGCACAUCUGGCAAGAUGGAUUCAGCAUCGACGACGGCGAGCUGCGCCGCUUCGACGACCCGGCCAACCAGGCCGAUCUGCAGAUGAUUCGCUCAGGACGAGCUCCGCUGCACCUUAUGAACGUGCAGCACGACCAGCCCAUCGACGUCAAGCUGCACCAACACGACACCCCGUACGCGCCUCCGCCAAAGUCGUACAAGCCCUUCUCCGGCGCUGGUCACCGCCUCGGCAGUCCUGUACCUGCUGGAACCACCUCAACAGCGGCUGCCUCGUCAUCGUCGAACGCCGAACCGUCGAUCGACACUUCUCAGCCUACAAUCAUGCUGCGGAUUCAGAUGCCCGACGGAACGCGGCUGCCCGCCCGUUUCAACACUACAAACACGGUCGGAGAGGUCUACGGAUUCGUCCAGGGCGCGUCGCCGGAGACGCGCAGCCGGGCGUGGGUCUUGGUAACGACAUUCCCGAACAAAGAGCACACGGAUAAGAACCUAGUCUUGGGCGAGAUGCCCGAGUUCAAAAAGGGAGGGACUGCUGUGGUCAAGUGGGCGUAG